AGACUCAUCAUGUUAGAGUUGCAUGAGAGCGGUAUCCUGGAGGGUCGCCCGGGGCAUCUGCUGUUUGCCUACGACCAGGCUGCCCUGGAGGAGAGGAGGUACUACGCUGCAGGAGUCAUGGUGGCCUGGUCUCUGCUGCAUGGUGGUCCUGGACCAUGCUGCCUACACCAGUCCCUCUACCAGCUCAUGUGUGGCCAAAGCCCUCCCCUGGAAGACUUCAACUGGAUGGACAUCUCUGAUGUGGAUGUACAGAUGAAACUGCAACAGGUCAAGAAUUGCACUAGCAUCCAGAGUUUGACUCCAAACCUGUGUGAAUGGAUUGCAGGUUGUGGAAUUCCUGAUAUCUACAGUGCCGAAAUCAAAGACAUGCCCUACAUCUAUACCUGGGUUUUAAGGCACUGCAUUUAUCACAGGGUGGCAAGCAUGAUCUCCCAGUUCACAGAGGGUCUGAACAGCUGUGGUGGCCUGUGGGCUAUCAUCAAGGCUCACUCUGCAGCCUUCAUGCCUGUCAUGACCAGGACAGAACACCCUCUCACCCUGCAACAGUUCAGAAGUCUGUUUGAGGUGUCGUGGAGUCCUCUCGAAUCAACCAUAGGCCUAAGACAAGCUGAGGAGACCACAGUCACCUCCUGGGAGAUAUUUCUGAUCAUGGUCAACGAACACCAGACUGCCUUGUCCUUUGGGAAUCUACUGGCCUUCAUCACAGGAGCGGAUCAGAUCCCUCUUUUGGGAUUCCUAAGAAAUCUCUGCAUCAGAUUCUAUGACCAAGACCAGGGAAUGUUCAGUGUCCGUUUACCACAUGCCUCUACUUGUACUUUGGAGCUCUAUCUUCCCCGAGGUAUGGCCAGUCCUGGUGGGUUGAAGGACAUGCUGACAAGAGCACUGCAAGAAUCUUUAGGAUUUGGAAAUAUUUAUGCUGACAGUUCAGCUUUGAGCCAAUGAUCAAUCCAACAAAAAACAAUGUGGGAGGAAUCGAAGCUUGAAAAUGUUUGAUAGAUGAGGUAAUCAAUAAUGCAUGGUUUACCAGUCUAGGUGUUUUAUUUGUUCUGCAAAUUGUCAUUUUCUCCAUUACUAAUGAGAUUCUCAGCUAUGGGUACAGUACAUACUGAAUGAGAUUGCAAGAUAAGGGCUGAAUAUUAUUUCUGAUAUGCAGUUAAUAUGAAGAACAUUCAACUGAAUGCACAUUUCCUUUUAAUCUGGAAGUUUAUUUACUUAAUAUUCUAUGUAUUAAUAUUUUAGAUACGCUAAACUCAGUCAUUUUUGUCAAAAUUAAUUAAGACCAAGACAGUGCCUAUUAAGUCAUCAACAAAUAGUAUUUGGUAAUCAUUUGAAAAUAGAAUAACAAUACAUUGCUAAUUUUGAUUAUGACAAAAUUGAGAUGUAAUUAUGCAUUGUAGAGAUCGUGUUGAUCUACAAAAUGUGACUUAAUAAAAUAUUUUUGAUAACAUGAAUGAAACUCAAAUUAGCAAUAUUUAAUUGAUUCAAGUGCAGCUAAAUCACCAAUUAGAGGAUUAAAUCAUAAUUAUACCUUAAAUGCCAUCUUUACACACUGCUGGUAGUACGCCUAGAUAUUUUACUGUCCAAAAGAUACCUUCAUGGUGUUACUACUUUUAUGUACAGUUCUUUGAGAAAGUAUUCAGACCUUGACUUUUUCCCAUUUUGUUACAGCCUUAUUCUAAAAUUGAUUAAAUUGAGGAAAAAACUAUCUACACACAAUACCCAAUGAUGACAAAGCAAAAACUGGUUAACUUCUCUGCGCUACGGAUCCCUUUAGCGGGAUAAUUUUCCUAAACAACUGCUGAAUUGCAGGGCGCAAAAUAUUACUAAAAAUAUUUAUAAUCAUGCAAUCACAAGUGAAAUAUACCAAAACACAGCUUAGCUUGUUGUUAAUCCACCUAUCGUGUCAGAUUUUGAAAAUAUGCUUUGCAGCGAAAGCAAUCCAAGCUUUUGUGAGUGUAUCAAUCAAUGCUAGAACAGCUAGCCCCAAAUUAGCAUGGUCACGAAAGUCAGAAAAGCAAUAAAAUUAAUCGCUUACAUUUGAUCAUCUUCGGAUGUUUGCACUCACGAGACUCCCAGUUACACAAUAAAUGUUAUUUUUGUUCGAUAAAUAUUACUUUUAUAACAAAAAAAUGCCAUUUGGGUUGCGCGUUAUGUUCAGAAAACCAAAGCCUCGUUCCGUUCGACAAAAAUUCCAAAAAGUAUCCGUAAUGUUCGUAGAAACAUGUCAAAUGUUUUUUUAUAAUCAAUCCUCAGGUUUAUCAAACAUAAUCGAUAAUAUUUCAACCGGACCGUAACCUAUUCAAUAAACGAGAGAAAGAAAAUGGAGAGCUACCCCUCUAGCGCGCAGGAACUAAUCAAAGGACACCUGACUACUUUUGAAAAAUCUCGCUCAUUUUUCUAAAUAAAAGCCUGAAACUAUGUCUAAAGCCUGGUCACAGCCUGAGGAAGCCAUUGGAAAAGGAAUCUGGUUGAUACCCCUUUAAAUGGAAGAAAGACGGGCAAGGAAACAGAUUUUAAAAAAGAAAAAAAGAAAAUCACUUCCGGGUUAGAUUUCCUCAGGUUUUUGCCUGCAGAAUCAGUUUUGUUAUACUCACCAGGGGCGAAAAUCUGAGAUCAACCUUGGAGGGGACAAUUACAUUAAAUUUUCUCAAGAGCAAUUCCUGAGGGGGACACCAAAAGUAGUGCUGUCACACAUAGCAUACGUUGUUAAAUGUAUAUUGAGGAACCAUAAUUCCUACAACUGGAUAAUUGAUAGGUACAGUAGUUAACUGAAGGGUUUUCCCAACUUGUUCAAAUGUUUAAAUCAUUAUAAUUCUACUACUAAUAAUAGUUAUAGCAGUGCUCCUUACCAGUCCAGUAUGUAUGCAGGUAUUCGUACUUACAACCAGCAAUAUCAAGAAAGGUCAGUAGGUGACAAUGGUACUGUACACUGUAUGGGUGUAGUUUUCAUAAAUACAAUGAACAUGGUGUGAUCACAUCUAAAAUAAUCUCCAUUGAGAACCAUCACAAAGUUGGUCUCCGUAUUGAAUUGACCUUUUAAUUUGACUUUUUCUGAUACAUUUAUAUAGUCAUUAAAUAUGUGCACCUGGCCUGAGUCUACAAUAUCUUUGCAAGAACAAAAAGCUUAAAAUAAGUACAGUUCUAAAAGCAAAAUAACUACUUCAAUGAAAAACCCAAAUAAAUCAACCAAAAUAUCCUUCA